AUGUUGCAUCGGAUUCUCAUUGUUUCUACUUUGUUUACUAUCGUCUUUUCAAAUUCCACACAACCUAACGCAUUAUGGAAUUUGGAACGAGUUUCAGAAUGUGAACUUCAUUAUAGCGCUUUGGUUUACAAUAAUUAUGGUUGCUGGUGUGGAGUAGGUGGUUCACAUGAGCCUGUUGAUGGAAUUGACAAAUGUUGCAUGCUUCAUGACAAAUGCUACGAUGCCGCAGUGGAUAAGAAGAUCUGCUACGAUGUGGAGAUUGAGUACGUUGAUGACUACAAAUGGACAUGCUCGAACUCAAAAGCAUUCUGUGCAGCAUCAAACACUGGGUGUAAAGCUGCUCUUUGCGAUUGCGAUGUUAAAGUUGUGAAUUGUUGGGCUCAAUACGAGAAACCGGAAAGGAAAAAACACUGCAACGCAAUAAGAAUGGUUGAUUCCACAUCACAUUUUCAGCAUUAA